AUGUCUUUCGUGCUUUCGCCGAAGCGCUAUUUGAUUUUAACCAACCCUGCGACUGGACAAGUAAACCCCCUCCUGUCGCUGGCUGAAGAGCUUGUGAACCGAGGGAACCAGGUUGUUUUCUCGUCCUCGGCACCUAUCUUGAAAAAGAUUCAAAAAAUGCAGUCUCGCAUGGGACUCCUCGUUCAGCCUGAAAGUAUCCCAAGUCCGGAGUUUCUCAUGCGUGUCCCGUUGACAUUUUAUUCUCUCGGAGAAAGCGAUGUGGUGUCUGAUUAUACGAACAAGGCAUUCGAAAUGACUGAUCGCUUCCAUGAUUUAUGCCGCUCCAAACCUGGGCAAAUAUGGGGCUGGCUUAGCACCUUCAUCGAAAAUGUUCCUGGUGCUUCUGAUACUUAUCGCGAUGUGGUGGUUAUGAUUCGCGACUUGAUCGAAUCUUUGAAUCCAGACUUGAUUAUUGUCGACAAUUUUAGUCCAUUUGCUGUGGACGGAGUUCGCCUGACGAAGCGCCCUUUUGUUGCAACUUCGCCUGCAGCUGCCUCUGCUGUCGCCAGUAAUGUUGAUAUUCUUCGCAGCCCGAUGCCUAUGAGUGGCGGAAGAUCCGCGCAUGGUGGCAUUUUAAUGCUUAUCCAUAAUCUCGUAUUCAUUGUCAUUUGGCUUCAUUUUAUCUACUUUAACCAAUGGCCUAUUCAACGUCGCCGUUUCCGCAGGAAUGUUCUGGGCUUGAAGCCAACAGAUACCAUUUGCGACUCCGUCAUGACGCCAACACCUGGCAUGCUCCCUCAGCAAAUUGCUACCAUUUCGUUUAACGUUGCCAAUAUGGACGUUUAUCCUCCGGAAGCUUAUCACAACUCUGUAUAUUUUGUCGGACCAUGCUUUGCACCAAAACAAUUGUUAAUGCCCAGUGCAAGGUCGAUCCCAUCGAGUCCAGUGUCGCUUUCGUUCAGAUCGAUGGAUUUGUCCCCUAGCGUCUCGACUGCUACUACGCCUGUCGUAGCUGAUGGAUUUCUAGAAAAACAGAUGCUAUCAGCCCACGCAGUUGCGCAGAUGCAAGAUCCCGUGAAAAUUUGGAUGGAUCGAGCGAUGACUGAAAACAAGCGCAUUUUAUACAUUAACAUGGGAAGCAUUUUCUUCUACAGUUUGGAAGAUUACAACAACAUUCUCCAUGCCUUGGAAAUACUUCACAGAGAAGUUCCUGAUGUCCUUGUUCUUUGGAAGGUGUCGAACCAUCCAAAGAAUGUUCAACCAAUACCGACUGUUGAAGAAGCUAACUUGCCAUCCUAUAUUCGUCGGGAACAUUGGAUCCCUGACGUUGAGGUUGUUCUAUCACACCCAUCUCUCGCAGCCUCAAUGCACCAUGGCGGUGGUAAUUCCUACAAUGAAGCUCUCGCCCAUGGUGUACCGCAAUUUUGUGUUUCACAAUGGGUUGAUACACAUGACAUUGGUCUUUACAUCACACACUCUGGCAUUGGAUUAUGGGCUGAUCAGUCGCCCAAGUUCGAUCCAACAGAUAUUAGCACAAAGCUUGUUCGUUUGCUGCAGACUGACUACAAAACAUUCAGACAUGCAGCGCUCUCAUGGAAGCUGAAGUGUAUUCAAGCAGGUGGCACUGCUGGUGCUGUUGAAAUCAUUGAGAAUUUGCUCAGGUCAUACGACUUUGUGAAUAAUGAUAGUAAGGCGCCUUUCCCUGAUGCUAUUUAA